GGCAACUGAUUUUCUUCCCACGUAGAGACACUUCAGCUGCUUUUCAACUGUUUUCAGUCAUCUCGUCUUCACUUCCUUCAUCACCGUUCUGCAACGCCAUCGUUGUCGCCGCCGUUCACCUAAUUUUCAGUCUUAAUCUCCAACGAUGUCAGAAAUUGAGCCACCCUUUAGACGAAGGGAAAAGCUUCUCGAGAAGCAGAAGUAUUUCCAAAGCAUCCACAAACACACAUACCUGAAAGGACCAAUGGAUAAGAUCACAUCCGUUGCCAUUCCACUAGCUUUGGCUGGCACUGCAUUGUUUCUAAUUGGCCGAGGUAUCUAUAACAUGUCACAUGGAAUUGGAAAGAAAGAAUGAGGUAGCAGUUCUCUUCUGCUUUUGUUAGUGAUCAUAGUGUGUUUUCUCCCUUUUUUUUGUCUUGUGAAUUAUUGAGUUGAUCUUGCAAACCAUGCACAUUUUUAUGCAACAUGAUGAUCCUUUAUACCUCUGUUUGAAAGUGACACGGAUUUGACA